CCUGUACUGUGUCCGCAGUCUCUGGUCGUCUCCUGUACCGUGUCCGCAGUCUCUGGUCAUCUCCUGUACCGUGUCCGCAGUCUCUGGUCAUCCCCUGUACCUGUCCGCAGUCUCUGGUCAUCUCCUGUACCGUGUCCGCAGUCUCUGGUCAUCUCCUGUACCGUGUCCGCAGUCUCUGGUCAUCCCCUGUACCGUGUCCGCAGUCUCUGGUCAUCCCUGUACCGUGUCCGCAGUCUCUGGUCAUCCCCUGUACAGUGUCCGCAGUCUCUGGUCAUCUCCUGUACCGUGUCCGCAGUCUCUGGUCAUCUCCUGUACCGUGUCCGCAGUCUCUGGUCAUCUCCUGUACCGUGUCCGCAGUCUCUGGUCAUCUCCUGUACCGUGUCAGCAGUCUCUGGUCAUCCCCUGUACUGUGUCCACAGUCUCUGGUCACCUCCUGUACUGUGUCCGCAGUCUCUGGUCAUUUCC